AAAUGGUCAACAUUAGCUCGGAGAAACUUCAUCAAACACAACAAGAUACUGAACAUGUGAGAAAUAUUUGUAUUAUUGCUCACGUUGAUCACGGAAAAACAACAUUAUCAGAUUUUUUAAUAUCCAGUAAUGGAAUCAUCAGUAGUAACUUGGCAGGAAAGAUGAGAUACAUGGAUAGUACAGCCUACGAACAAGAAAAGAGAAUUACAAUGAAAAGUAGUGCUAUUAGUUUAUUAUAUAAAGAUAAAAACGAUGAAAAUUCGGAUGAAUAUAUAAUUAAUUUAAUCGAUUCACCAGGGCACGUGGAUUUUAGUAGUGAAGUGAGUACAGCAGCAAGACUUUCCGAUGGAUGUUUAGUGUUAGUGGAUGUUGUUGAAGGUGUUUGUACACAAACAAAGACAGUUCUUGAACAAGCCUUCAGAGAAAAUAUUAAACCAUGUCUAGUUUUAAAUAAGAUUGAUCGUUUGAUACUUGAAAAACAAAUGACACCAAUGGAAGCUUACAAACAAAUGUUACACAUUUUACAACAAGUCAACGUAUUAUUGACAACUUUUGUUACAGUUCAAUUAUUCAAGAAAAUUAAUGAACAAGAUGAAAAGAAGGAAGAUACAAAGGAAGAGGAAACAAAGGAUCAAUCAAAGCAACAAUAUGACAAUGUUUUUGAUGAUAAUGAAGUUGACAGUAAUGACUUUUUCUCACCAUCAAAGGGUAACGUUUUGUUUGCUAGUGCCUAUGAUGGUUGGGGAUUUAGAAUUAAUGAUUUUAGUGAAAUUUUCUCAAAGAAGAUGGGUAUGAAUAAGAAUACACUUCAACAAACACUUUGGGGUGAUUUUUAUUUGAAUCCAAAGAAGAAAGCAAUCUCAAAAAAGCCAAUCAAAGAUGAUCAACCAAAUAUGUUUGUUCAAUUCAUUUUGCAAAACAUUUAUAGUGCAUACGAUUGUUUACUGAUUAAUCGUGAUGAAGAAAAGAUUAAGAAAAUGAUCCAAGCUUUAGAUUUGAAUUUAUCUAAAGCAUUCUUGUCAAAGAAUGAUCACAAGAGUCAGCUUAAAACAUUGAUGAAUCAAUGGUUACCAAUGUCUGAUUCCAUCUUAUCUAUGGUUGUUAGCAGGUUACCAAAUCCAAAAGAAGCUCAAAAGGAAAGAGUCUUAGACCUUAUUCCAGAAUUAAAGACAAUCAAGGAUAAAACCAAUGAAACUAAGAAAUCAAACCAAGUCAAUGCUGAAAUUAGAACUCAAAGAAGAAAGCUGAAGAAGAAUUUAAUGCAAUGCGACAAGAGUGAUAAUGCUGAAGUGUUGAUUUUCGUUUCAAAGAUGUUCGAAGCUGAUGAAAUACCAACCCAAGGUGGUUCAGCAACUAAGAUAGAUCAAAUCCAACUUCAAAGAGAAAGAUUGAGAAAACUCAGAGAAGAAAGAUUAAAGCAAAAGGAGCUCGGAGAAACUUCCACAACAGAAACUGACUCUGCUCAACCUACUGAAGGUUCUGAAUCAACAGAAACAAAUGAAGAAAAUAACCAAGAGAAUGAUACUGAAGCAAGCAAGCUUGUUGCUUUUUGUAGAAUUUUCAGUGGUACAAUCAGAGUUGGACAAACUUUGCAUAUUCUUGGCCCAAGAUACAAUGCUUCCAAUCCUAAUGAAGAUCGUAUCGAAUUCAAGGUUGAUAAGCUCUUCCUUUUGAUGGGUAGAGGUCUGGAAUGUGUUGAUAGUGUGCCAGCUGGUAAUAUUUUCGGUUUGGGUGGUGUUGGUAAGCAUAUUUUGAAAACUGCCACUAUUUCAUCAAGCACUCAUUCACCAAUCUUCUCGGCAAUGUAUGUCCAAUCUAUUCCUAUUGUUAGAUUUGCUAUAGAACCACAAAAUUUGAUGGAUAUGCCAAAAUUGGUUAAGGGUCUCAAACUCUUGAACCAAGCCGAUCCAUCUGUUGAAGUACUUGUACAAGAAACAGGUGAACAUGUUAUUGUCACUGCUGGAGAAGUCCAUGCCGAAAGAUGUAUAAGAGAUUUGAAUGAAAGAUUCGCCAAGGUUCCAAUAACUGUUUCUCCACCACUUGUCAGUUUCAGAGAAACUAUUAUUGAACAACAAAAGGAACCAGUAAUAGCCUCUAAGAAAACUGGUAACAAGAGAUGGACCAUCAAGAUUAAGGCUAUUCCACUCCCUGAAAAUAUUGCCCACUACAUCGAUAAACAUAAGGAAGAUUUCAGAGCUUAUUUCUCUAACGACUCUAGAAGAACAUCCAAGUCUGUCUUUGUUACCUCUGAGGUUAUUGAUGGAUUGAAACAACAAUUUAUUGAUGCAGGAAAGCAAUGGGAAACUGAGUGGGAUAAUGUGUGGUGUUUAGGUCCAAGAAGAAUUGGUCCAAAUGUACUCUUGAAUCACAUUCCAGAUUACAAAACACCAAACUUUGAACCUUUGCACAAACAAGUUGCUGACAUGUUGGCAGAAAAUGAAGACGAAGAAACAACAGCAACAGAGGAACCAGUUGAAACAUCUGAAAGAAUAGAAUCCCUUAAACAAUUUGAUCACAGUUUUAUUUCAGGCUUCCAACUUGCUACAAACUCUGGUCCAUUGUGUGACGAACCAAUGUAUGGCGUUUGUUUCUGUAUUGAAGAUGUAGUUUUCGAAACUGAGGGAAUUCAUGACGAAGACUUUGGUGGUCCAUUUACUGGACAAAUCAUGAGUUCAAUGAAGACUGCUUGUAGAAAAUCCUUUGAUAACAGUCAAAGAAGAUUGGUAGAAGCCAUGUACGAUUGUGAAAUUCAAGCUACCAAUGAAAGUGUUGGUAGUGUUUGUGAUGUUUUGAGAAGAAGAAGAGCCAAGAUUUAUUCAGAUGAUAUGGAGGAAGGAAGUGGUCUCUUCAUUAUCAAAUGUCACUUGCCAGUUGCUGAAAGUUUUGGAUUUUCAGAAGAAUUAAGAACAAGAACAAGUGGUGCUGCUCAACCUCAAAUUGCAUUCUCACAUUGGCAAAUUCUCGAUGUGGAUCCAUUCUUUGUUCCAACCACUGAAGAUGAGCUUGAAGAAUGGGGAGAAAAGGGUCUUAUCAAUAUUCCAAAUAUUGCCAAGCAAUAUAUUGAUGCUGUAAGAAAGAGAAAGGGUUUGAUGCUUGACAAGAAGACUGUUGAAUCUGCUGAAAAGCAAAGAAACUUAUCAAAGAAGAAGUAAAAUAUCUUGCUGAUCACCCUUAUUUAAACUUUGAGUCAACAGUCACAAAUCACUUGAUUAAUCCCAAGUUUUACGACGUUCAAUUCAAGUUUCCCAUUUAUUGAACUUGUGAAUUACUAAAUGAGAGAAACCAAAUUAGUAUAUUGUUUACAAUCUUUAUUAAUUAGUAUAUUCAAGUAAAGUAUUAAAAACCCAUCUAAU